AAAAACUUAUGCGGCAAGUCGUGAAAUUAGCUUUUCCUUUCCUUCUUCCCAAGCUAAACUAGGGCAUCCAACUAUUUUUCCCCCUUUCUCCUUCUUCUUCUUCGACUAGUUGUUUCUGUUUCACUGUGCAGUUAACUUCAAUCAUGGAUCAGAAUUUCGAUCUCUCCGCUCCCCAUUCCAUGGGAACCACCAUCAUCGGCGUCACCUACAACGGCGGCGUCGUUCUCGGCGCCGACUCUCGUACCAGCACCGGAGUGUAUGUUGCUAACCGAGCAUCAGACAAAAUCACACAGCUAACUGACAAUGUCUAUGUCUGUCGCUCUGGAUCGGCUGCAGAUUCUCAGGUUGUCUCUGACUAUGUGCGCUACUUCCUCCAUCAACACACGAUACAGCUCGGACAACCUGCAACAGUCAAAGUUGCUGCGAACCUUGUCCGACUUCUUUCUUAUAACAACAAGAAUUUCUUGGAGACCGGGUUAAUUGUUGGUGGUUGGGACAAAUAUGAAGGUGGUCAAAUUUUUGGAGUUCCACUUGGUGGAACAAUUGUACAACAACCUUUUGCUAUUGGAGGAUCUGGUUCCAGUUACUUGUAUGGGUUUUUUGACCAGGCCUGGAAAGAUGGAAUGACCAAGGAUGAAGCUGAGGACUUGGUGAAAAAGGCUGUUUCACUGGCCAUUGCUCGAGAUGGUGCAAGUGGUGGGGUGGUCCGAACCGUCAUAAUAAACUCAGAGGGAGUGACCAGGAACUUCUACCCUGGCGAUCAACUUCCAUUAUGGCAUGAGGAGCUGGAGCCUCAAAACUCUUUGCUGGACAUUCUCGGUGCCCCAGAGCCUAUGAACAUAUGAGAAGUUGCCAUGAUUAAGAAUCUUGCUCGGCUAGAUUAUACCUCUAUGUUCAUCUUGUUUCUGAAUUAAUCUUAUCGGAUUUGUCUAAUCGGUUAUAUUGUUUGGUCCGAUAUUGCUUUCCUGUUAUAUCCCUGUGAUAUGUACCAUUGAUGCCUUUUUUAAGCAUAUGGUUAAACUGUAAGUUCGUAUUUGAACCCUGGGCAGUAGUUGUGCUAAACACUCGCAUAGCAUGUUUGAGUUCAGUGUUCAGAUCUUUUAGAAUCAA